CAAACAUUCUAUAAUGAUUAGAAAAUAGAACUUAAAAAUCAUAUCCACUCAAUAUUCAAAAUCCCCGAGUCUUCAAUAUAAACAUCACUCAAAUCCUUUACAAUUAACCUAAUUUAAAAAACAUCCGUCGUUGGGGAAAAAAGGAGAAAAAUCAAAAACAAUGUCUUCAUCGUCUGCAUCAAAACUUCUUGGUUCGGUCCUUGUCUUUGCUAUGAUUUCCGUACAAAUCGUUUUUAUACACUGUGUUAUGUCCCUGAAUGAAACCAAUUCGCUGAACCAAACCAAUGUUUAUCUGCACCACAUAUGCAUCAACAGUCAAGGGACAUACAAACCAGGGAGUCCAUACGAGGAAAACCUCAACCGUGUCAUCCGUGCAAUAUCUAUCACAAUUUCUAACUAUGGUUUCGUUCAUGGUUCCAAUGGUGAUGCUCCCAAUACCGUUUUUGGAAAGCUCCAAUGUCAGGCGACUCUUACUUGUCCAAGUGCCGCUCUUGCCUCACCACCGCUUUCUCCGAGAUGUCCGAAAAACAAGGGGAGAAUAAUAUGGUACGAUAAUUGUCUUCUAGAGAUAUCUCCAAUUAAUUCUUUAGGCAAGAUUGAUUACGAGUAUAAUUUCUAUAUGUACAACGAGAAAGAUGUGAACGGCGAUACAAAUUUGUUCAACAAGAAUACGAGGGCUCUCCUCUAUAGGCUGAAAGAGAAAGCCACAAGUAAAGAAAACAAUAACGGCAAGCAGGACUUACCCGAGAUUGGGGGAAAAAGGCUCGGAAUGAAGAUGUUGUAUGCGACAGGAGAGAAAAGUCUCAGGACGAUGAAGUUGUACGGAAUGGUGCAGUGUACAAAGGACUUAUCGAUUAAAGAUUGCAUUGUGUGUUUGAACUGGAUUAUAGCGAAACUUCCGACAUGCUGCAGUAAUAAACAAGGGGGUAGAGUUUUGAGUACGAGCUGUAAUUUUAGGUACGAGCUUUACCGUUUUGUAAAGACUUGAGACUGUUUGAUGAAACCUCCAUAUGUAUAUUUUGUUUUCUACUUACGUGUUUUGAGAGAAUAUAAAUUUUAUACUCUU